CAUAAGAUAAACGUGGAAGCUAACUAAUGAUUUUAUUAAUCAUGAUGGACGGAAUACAUGCCAGUUUAUUGCUUUGAUUUCGCUUUUCAGUUUUAUGUAAGAAUAAUCAUCGUUAUCAAUAAAGCCAAGCAAAAGUUGCAUAAUUCCCUCUUUAUAAAGUUCACCGUAAUUUCUUUCUUGAUCGACGAACAAGGUCAUAUGCCUUUUUUGUGUGUGUUACAGUUCCGUUUUUAAGGAUUCCUGCUAUUUGUUGAGGCAGUCCGUGGCACCGUUUGGGCCAAGGAGUGUCGCAAGCCUGGCUGUUUACAGACAUUCCAGCUGAUCGCUGCCACAACACGACGCGACGCUCCACGGGGAGAAAUGUUUGCCGCGACCUGGCGGACUGAGGCGCCAGAGUGGUGAGGCCAAGGCUCGUGAGGAUCAUGCCCGCCGCCCUGGCCCCGAGGAAGCAUGACUGAUGACACCCUCGAGACCAACGCAUUCUACAGGCACAUCAAGGACCACCAUGGAGAGGAACUGGCUGGCUGGUGUGAGCCAUCCUGGGUGAUCUGCAUCCCCCAGCAGUCAACCAUCCAGGAUGUGCCACUCACCCAGCCUCUUGUGGAGGCACAUGCUUUAAGGCAGUGUGGAGCUCCUGGUCAGUAUGUAAGUGCGCUGUGUGGGGAGAGUACGGUAUACCAGAUAGCUGGAGAAGAACCACGAGCCAUCAUUUCCAACCAAGAGAAGGGGUCAGAAGUGCUUGUUUCCAAAGCCACUGUGAUUAAUGAGUACCUGGUGACCGUCAAGGAUAAAGUUAUACAUAUUCUGCUGAUUGACUCACUGCUCAGCACUGCCCUUGACCAAGAUGAGGAGGCCAUUCAGCAGCUCUCUGUCACCUCCAUUACUUCAUUUGCUCAAGCAGAGAAAUUUUUGCAAAAGUUUGAUUGCCACCAACCUGUGCUGCAAGAGGUGGAGCAGAGGCUGAGAGAUGCCAGCCAACACCUUCACCUUGGCAAUGAUGUGGACCAGAUACAAACAGUUCUCCAAGACCUGCUGAUCCACUUCUGGGAGGACCUGCUCAGGAAACACUCUCCAGCACUCCAGACCUAUACCAGCUUCCAGGACCUCCUGUUUAGAGCUUUGGACUAUUAUGUGGGUGGCCGCCUGCAUAGCCGACUGUGGUGGCUGGUGUGUGAGAGGUGUCAGGUGGUUGAUCAGCUGGUCAAAACUAGGCUGUCCCACCUCCGCCAUGCCAACCUCUCAGCCCUCCAGCUCGGGGUGCCUCCUAACUACUACACUCCCCUGCCUGCUGCCGUGGUGGAGUUGGCCUCGCUUGCUGGGGUGGAGAGUGGGGUGGGGCGGCUCCAGUGUGUCAACUCCACCAUUGACCUCAUUCAGGCUCAAGCCAAGGAGGCCAGAGUCACCCUUCACCAGUACAAAGACCAAGAAGGUGAACCAGAACUUGAACUGAGCCCGGAGGAGCUGGUGGCCCUGCUGACAACAGUGGUGGUGCAGGCCCAGUGUUCCAACUUGGUCACCAACAUCUACUACAUGACACACUUUGUCUUCUCUGUCACAGAAGAUGAUCCUCUAUGGAGAAGCUUGGGUCUGCUGCGCCUUACCUUAGAAAACAUCAUGAAGCUGGAUGUGGCCCGUCUGCCUCCAUCCAGCAAGAAUUUACGCAAGGAACUUUCUCUCCAAGAUCUAAUGCAGGUUAGUGCAGAAGUGGAAUCCAGGUUUGAGUCCAAAGGUGCCAGCCGCAGCAUUGGGGACAUCACUGCCCUUGACCUUCAGCUCCACCAGCUCACACAGCAAAUCCAGUUAUCAACUCAGGCCCUUUCAGAAACACACUUGACUCAAAGGAACUCGGCAGGUCGUAGAUCUGACCGAACAGCAACAUCACCCACUCAGGACAGUGGGAAAACACAGAGUUUUAGGGAAUUCCUUGCCAGCAUCCCCUCCUCCCUUCGUGAGAGUCUGCGGCGCCGGCAGUCCCAGCAGCGCAGUGCCAUUCAGUCCUCCCUCAAUGGCUGAGUGUCCCUCUGUUGAUAUUGUGAGUCAUCUUCCUCUUGCUUGAUGUCCUGAAGGUGGUGUCAUUUCCUCAAGGAUUCCACUUUGUUGAAUCCUCUAAUGUCAAGGAUGCAAUUGGAUAUGUUGUCAUGCAUAUCUUUUAACUUUUAAGUCCCAGACUGAUUUGUGUCUGCGGCCACAGUUGUGUGUUUCCGAAAAAAGCUCAGUGAUACUAUGCUGAGAGGAAACUUUAUGCCUCUUUGUUGGUUGUUGUAGGUAAUAAUUGGGAAAAGGAUCACUUGGAAGCUUCACUUAAUGCUGUUUCCUAACUAAAGGUUUCAACAUCAUAUUCCAAGCAGAGUUUUCCCCCCUUUUUUUUUUGGUAGACAAUGCUGUAGUGUGCAUGGGUGCUAAACAAGGAUUAGUAGAGUUAAAGCAGGACAGGUCCAAGGCCCAGUCCAGUUAGUACUCUUAAUUUAUUAAGAUAACCAUGAACAGAAUGCCCACGUCCUAUAAUUACUUUAACAUUGUGCCAGCCACAGCAGUAAAAACAGGAGGCAAAUUUUUCCCAUAUUUAGAGCAAAGUCGACGGCAGCUUUGUCAUAUUUGUGCUCAGUACUUCUAUUAAGAUCUAUUUGGGAUAUUAUAUUUGCCCCUAUUGGAAGUCAAGAUAUUUGCUUCCCACAUGGAGUUCAUGACAUGAGCAAGUUGAUGGAUCCUGCCAUGAGGGACUUGGGAUGGAAAGGGGGUCUGCAUGGAGACUUGCUCAAAGCAACAUUGGGGUUUGUUUGCAUUGUUGGAUGGGCGAGGCAAUGUGCCCCCCUGGCAUAUGCCCCUAUUGAUUGACUGACUGAAUUAUCUGGAAAACAUUAUAAUUGGUAAUCACCAUAAUUUAACUGCAUAACCAUAGUUGAAAUAGAUCAAGCCUACUGCUUUAUUUUACAGAUGCAUUGCAGAUUUUUAAAGCUAUUUUUUUACAUACUAGAUCAAACUUAUGCUUUUAGCAUCCCAACCUUCACAGUUGUGGUUUAAUGGAGAAUAUCACUGUGUACAUUCCAGUAAUAUUGCCAUUCCUUGUAGGUGCAAUUUGAAUGGUACUAGUUGUUAGGUACAACAAAAACAAGAGAGCUUGGAGCUUUAAGUGACAAGUGCACUUCAAUUUAGAUUACUUAGCUUAAAUUCAUCUCAUAGAUUUUUAAAUGGAUAGAUGACACUGAAAAUAUUUUUAUUUAUAUAUUUUUAUGGUCACUUAAAACCCUUCCUAACCCUCUUGAUGAAACCCUGUUAAUCAUGAUAUUAUAUUACUUUUGUUUUACUUGUUAGGAUUUGUUACUUCUCUGAUGUUUGUAGCCUAAUUAUGUGUGAAUGGGACUAUAAAGACAGCUAAGUUAAACUUUGGCAGAUGUACAGUUGGCAAAAAAGUAUUGAACACCUGUGGGUACUCAAUAUUUUUGCCAGCGUAAAUGUAAUUUCUGGGGAAGAAAUUUGUUCUUUUACAUACGAUUAAUAAUUGUUGUUGGUAGUUGUUGAGCUUCAUGAUUACAGAAUAAUUCAGGUUUGUGAGUUAAAUGUAAAAAUAGUUAGUAUCAGUUGCAUUAUCAUUGUCUGGUGUCUUUGCUUUUACUGUCAUAUUACAGUGUGUUAGCAAAAUAGCAUAUCAUCCAAGUUUGCUUGGAAAAGUGCACAGGAAAUCUGCGCCAGACAGCUCUGAAGUCAAGACAUUGAAUUAAGUUGUUUGUAAUAAGGCUUCUUACACAACCAUAUACUACAGACCUUCAUGCAUUACCUUCUAAGUAAUUCAGGUUUUAAAAAUGAAUUGUAAUUAUAGCCAGCAGAUUCCUCCUGUUCAACAUGAGGAGUUAAUGUUUUGGGAGGCCAUUCCUGCAGGCAAAGUUCAAAUUUCCCAAGCUGGCAAACUGCUGAAGUACCUGUAAACAUAUUAGAAAGCCUUAAAUAUUAAUGCCAAAACUAAUAUUUUUAAGUAAAAAGCCAAGAGUUUAUAAUUGCAAGAAGAGUGAAUGCAUGUUAACUUAUAGUCUAGUAGCCAGCCUAGUGAAUCUAGAGCUUGUUUCCACUGGUUAUAUUUUAUAGCAAUCAUGAUCCUUUGUGCUCACUCCAACAUAACCAUCCAUUAUUGAAAACUUUCACCAUUUCCAUAAUAUCACUCAAGCUUCACCUUUUAACUCUGAUCAAUAUCACACCUAAUUCUGUGAUACAACAGCUGACUUGCAGCAACAGGAACUUCUGGAGCUGGGGCUCUCUGACAAGGGCAUCCCAGUCACUUAGCAAAGGCAGCCUUAUCACCCUUUCUCAAGCAAUCAUAUUUGUCAACCAGUGCUGUACUGAAAGAUGUCCUUCAGUUCAAUGCCCCACCAGUUGUGACAACAAGAACACAACCAAAUAUGGCUUCUACAUCAUAUACAGGUGUUUUAUUAACAAUGACAGCUUUCUUCAUCUUGGCUCCCAUCUGAAUGGCAACAUACAUGUGUUACAGCCAUUAACUUCUUGGCAUCAAUCAGGAAUGUUGCUCAGCUCACAGAGGUGCCAACUAAUUAAUCCAGCAUAGUAUUGAUGCCCUGCCACAGAAAACUGCUGCUCAAGGAGAUCUUCACUCUUUUCAUGCCCUGAUGAAUGGUGUGAAAUCAUGAUGGGGAUGAUGAAGCAAUCCACCAACAAUUUACUAUUUGGAUAUUCUCUUGCAUCUUUGAAAUAUGCUACAGUUUCUAAUCCUCCAAGUUUGAUGCAUUCUCUCCAUCUGUUCUUGGUCCAUUUUUCAUAAUAUCAAGCACUUGGGCUGCCACCAGGAAGCGAAAGGCAAGAAGUGCCGUCGGCUGGAUCUUAUCAUCGACAAUACGGAUCAAGCUCCCAAGUGCUUGGCUGAGGAAAAUUUUGACUGCAGUAGAUUGCUGCAAGCAAUUACAACCAGUUAAUGCAUUAUGCAUAUUAAGGAUGUUACAAAACAGGCCUAGUGAAUUCCUUGGAGUCAACAACAGGUUUAGACACCAAAUUCAUAACUCCAAGAGCUUUAUUCAUUAUUAUGACCUUAUUACUUCAGGAGUAAUUAAUAUGCUUAUUAUGCUACUUACACAACUUUCCAAGGACGUUCAUGAUAGCAUCCCCUCAAUUCUGGGUAUUCAACCCCCAAGAUAACAUUUACUGAAAAAAUUUGGUGGAAAUAUUUAUAGGUUCACUAGGCCAUAUAGGCUCUGCUACUAGACUAUUAUGAAAGUGGGAAAUAUAUAGAUUUAUGAAGGGGACUAAAAGAGGCCUCUUUACCCUAACAGUUUAUAAUAAUUAUAAUGCUGAACAUUAGGAAGGCCUACUUUGUCUUGAAGGCAUUGUUGCCACCAGUAGAUCUACUAAUUCAUGUUUGGAGAGAAACUGUGAUCCCAAAUGCAUAACAUCAGCAUUUUGUUGGUUUUCUAAACAUUGUUUUACCAACUAGGCUAUAUCUUAUUGUGAAUACUUAAAAUUUUUGCUUGCUGCAACUGAAAUGCUGGUAUCAGUAUGGAUUCAUUUUUGUGUUUAACUGAAAACAAAGGAACCAUCACCGAGAAGUGCCACAUGACUUCUUAGUUGUCUUGUUAAACAGACUUGCAGUAAGAUUUUAUUAUUAACAACUUCCUAAAUAACUUUUUUGACACGAGCAGCAAGUUUGAAUAAAUACCAAGUUUCUACAAUAUAGUUUGAGUUAUUUCAAAUAACUGAUUCCUUGCUGGAAGGAAUAUUAGCACAUCUUGGAUAGUGUUUGUGUGCAGGCAUCUUGAUAAGGUAGUCAUCAGACUUGUGCCCUGGUCACAGCCAAGGAUACAUGUAGAUACAAUAAUCCCUCCCACAUCCAGAUACGAGGCCUUGGCUUUGUUGCCUCUAUAUCUGAAUUUCCUUGUCCGGACAUAAAGUUCUGACACUGGUCCCCCCAUUUUCACGGAUUUUCCCCAAUGAAUAUACGUGCAUACAGCAGCAUACAGUAUCAUAAAUAGCAUCAUUCAUGAGCACAAGUAUAUAGCAUUAUCAAUACCUGUGCAGAAGAACAAAGAUCCAGAUCUUCAAGUUAUUUGUGCUCCCCUUCUUAUGCUCAUGGCUCAGACAUUGACUGAAUAGUAACUCGGAGGUGGAUUGAUGCCUUUGAUAAUAAGUGCCUAAGCAGAAUCAUGGGAUAUCACUGGAAUGGCUGUGGCAAAUGGACAAUUACUUUGUGAAAAUGAGUUGAGGCCUUUUACCUACACAGUUUGUAAAUGCCAACUCCAGCUUUAUUGCCACGUGGCACAAUACCCAGAAGUCAACCGGGUCACUGGGUUGUUUUUGUAAGAGAUCAUCCUAAGUGGAGGAGGCCAAGGGGAGGCCCACAAAAAGUUAGUGGCUUGAACAAAGUCAAUGGAUCCUGCCAUGAGGUAGUAUGGAUGGGAAGGGGGCUUGCAUGGAGACUUACUCAGAGGGAACCUCAGGGUGAGAGAGGCGACGCACCCCCUUGGCAUAUGCCUGUUUUGAUUCAUUGAUUGAGUCAGUCUGGUACCUUAUAGAGGUGCAGUGCCCACUAUAUGUAGGUGCCUUGUCUUGUAUAAUUAUUGGCAAGCUCAUGGAUCACUCCUAAGGGGGUGCAUGUAUUGUUUUCCGUCCUUUCAUUGUGCCUCAUGCACAAGUUUGACUUGUAUGUAUAUAUAGAGGCAAAAUGUGUAAAUAUUGAAUUGGAAGGCAUAUCAUACCAUGAUCUUUUUUAACAACUUGGUUCCAGGAUUUUUGUUUGUAUACUAAUAAGAUGCAUGCUCAGAAUCAGGUCAGAGGUUAUGCAAAUAGCAGGCAACUACUUUGUCUGGCAAUAGGGCACACACAGCCUAAUAAUUUUCCUGUAAAUUUCAGACCUCCUAAGAUGAGAACAUGUAUACAUUGAAAGCAUGCUCCAUAUAGAGCACCUGUGCAGUCAGCAAAUCCAACCAGAGUAAAACUUAGCCAAAAAAAUCCCUUUGCCUGGCAUCACUAAUGGGAAAUGAGGUUAGUUUACCUCAUGUCCAACACAGGAAUUCGGUCAGAGAUUGCAUCGCAUUGGACAAACAAAAGAGCCUAUGGGAAAAAAUUCAUUUUCUCAGGAAAUUUCUCAAAAAUACACUCUACCCUCGAUUUCCUGGACAAAAUCCAGGGUCCGGAAAUUGUCAAACAUACGCCUGGUCAACUACAGGAGCUGAAAUAAAAUCAUAGUAAAAAAGCUGGGAUUCAGCGAAGUUUGGCGGUUGCUAGACAUAUGCCUGGCGAAGUCCACAGGUUAAUAAGCUGCUGCUUCUUGACGUACAUUUUUGCCUGUUUAAAAUUAUCAGCUACUUAAUUGUAGUUAUGAUCACUUUAAUUAUCCAUAUCAUAUUUUUAUUACUGGAAUUUUAUAGAAAGAACCAUUUGCUGGACAAAGUGUGGUAAAAGUCUGGGUCAGGCACUGAAUAUUGGCAAUUUUCAAACUAAGUAUUGUAACGUCUGUGAAUGGGCCGUUUCCCCAGACUAUAGCAAUUUCCGAUUCCCAGACAGGAGUUUUCCUGUGUGUAAGUACAGGAAAUCGAGGGUCAAGUGUACCUUAAAAAUACAAAAAAGCCUUACAUGUUUACAUGGCAUGGGGGCAGUCAGACUGGUCUACCCAAGUGACUCAAAUCUAGGUAAACCUAGGUAAAAUAAUGCAGCUCUGUGCAUCAUGUGACUGCCCCCAUUCAUAUUACUGGCUGGCAUUGCACACUAUACUUCCGGUUGAUUGGCUAAGAGUAACAAGUUCAGUGCACCAUGGAUGAUUUUUCCAUGCAUUACAGAAAUCUCUGCAGAUUUGAGCCACUCGUCGGCCAAGUUUGUUGGGCAUUGGAGUUUUUAAAUGUUACAAUUUUUAAAAAAUACUUGUCCAAAAUAUGCCAUGUUGGACACAAGUCUACUGUAUGUGCAAACGUGCAGGACAAUAGGUGAGCAUCAGAUUUCAUGCCUGCUAAAUGUGACAUUUUUUGUGAAUUCUAAACUUUAACUUUAGUCACAAUCCCAUCUUUUCACCAAUUUGGAUUACACAAAAUUAUAAUUUCUUGCAUGAAGUGCAAAUGAAGACUGAAUGUAAAAUGUUUGCAGAAACUUUUGAGUUAAUUCUUGGUAGUUGUGUGCUUUUGGCACCAAGCUAGUCAGCUUAAUGAACAACAUAUUAGCAGAGUUUCAUGAUUCCUUUACCUUGUCUUGUACUAUAGUCGCAGCACCUCAGUCUGAGGUGUGCAAUAACGUGCUCUGACAACCUGCUGUCACCAGAGCAAGGGUACAGUAUAGUACAUUAUAAAAUUAUGGUAUGGUACGAUUGUAAGGGCGGUAAAAGGAUGGUACGAUGUUACAGUACAAAAUUUUUUGGUAUGGUACUAAGUCACAGUGGUUCCCAACCUUUUUUUUCAGGCGACCCCAAUCAUGCACCUCCAGACAUGACCGCGACCCCCACUAGUUUAGUUGUAGAUGUGUUAUUAUAACACCAUGUUUGAUGUCUUGGCGACCCCAGGGUUGUGAAAGGGGGUACUAAGUCAUACCAUGCCACACCUGCUGGAGGGGAGGGGAGGUCAGUAGGAGGGCAGCAAUAAUUAGCCUCUCCUGUCUUGACCUGAACCCUGACCUUAGAGGCUUGGUCACAGGGGUGAGUGUGGUGGGAGAGAUGUGCCUCCACCAUGGCCCCCCCAAGGGACCUCCAAACCUAUCCUUUGGCAACUAGCAGCUGGGCUUCAAAUUCUUGUAGAGCAAUAUCAGGAACAAUAUUUUAUCACUGGUACAGUACGAAAGAAAUACACAGGUAUGGUGUGAGAUUAAGGUGCUGAAUUUUUUCUUUUGGUACAAAUAACGAUGAAGGAAAUGUACCAUACUGUACUUCAUGCUCUGACUGUCACAUGACAUGCCCAAUAUCUAAUGUGGAUAUGAUAGCUUACGCAUAGGAAAUAGUUGUCAGUAUAAAUAACGCAUAGGAAAUAGUUGUCAGUAUAGAUAAAAUGCAGGCAUUAAUGAUGAAUUCCAUCAAUUAAAGAGUUCAUUUUUAGUUUCAAAUUAUUAAAAAUGUAAGACAGCUGUUUUGUUUUACUCUUCAAGGACCAUUUGAUAAUUAUAAUCAGCCACUUUAUAAAUAAACAAAACAGCUGUCUGUGACAGAAUUAAUAAUUUGAAACUUAAAAUCAAGUAUAAUUGAUGGGUAUUCAUCACUGCUUCCUAUAUAUUAAUGAUAAUGACAACUAUUUCGUAUGUGUAAGCUAUCAUAUAUUACCUUCGACAUCAGGCAUGCCCUGUGACGGCAGGUUGCCUUAGCAUGAUAAUACAUAUAUACUAUAUAUACUCCAGACUCAGGUGCUGCAGCUAUAGGCCACCCAAUAUUUCACCCAAAACUACAACACAACCCUGUUGAAAAUGGUGAGAAAAGGGUUGCUUUUUUUUUUACAGCAAAGGAAACAGCUCAAGGGCAAAAAAAAAGGAAACAACAAAAAAUGUCUUACCAAUGUGUGAUAAACUGGAAUUGGUGGAGCAAUAUUACUCUAUGCAUGUAUACUUUUUAAGAUAAUUUUAGGUACCAUUCAUGUGCCCAAGUUAUACAAAUCCUUGCAGAUACAGCAUAAGUAAUGGACUUUCAAUGAAUGUUUUCUCCUUUCCACUGACUUGGUUGUCCUUUGACCACAUGAAAGGUAAGAUUAGUAAUGCAUUACAGAUGAUACUUGAAUGCACAAAGGUUGAAUACACUGGGUUUGUUCAUCUCAAAGGCUGAUUUACAGCAGCUCCAAGAUGUCAGUCAACAUAAAACCUGACAUUUUUCAGCCCUGUGCAAACAUUAUGGGCACGUUGUGUGUGGAGGCAAAAGUGUACCGACUGGAAAUAUAGGGUUGUUUGGUCAACUUGAUUUUAACAUUAUAGCAAGGUUAUAAUUGCUGUUACGUUUUUAAGGAAAUUUAUGAAGUGUUGUCAGUCUUCAGAACUGUCCGGCAGUUUAAGGAAGAGACCUGUAACCCAAAGUUUGACAUUCCAAAUUUAGCCAAAAUAGUGAAAUAUUUAUUAUAUAAACAGAAUAUAAUUUAUACUUAGUUAAUAGCAUAUUUAGUACAAAACACUUGAGUAGUUAGUCUUUAUAUUGGAAUGGAUGUUGUGUUGCACCAUCACAAUGUGUCAUUGACAAUAAAGGACAGUAUUAUUAUA